AUGGUAGGAAGUCCAGCGGUGGAAUUCAGCCGUCACACUCUAGUCAAACCGAUAUUACAGCAUGCGAGAACGAGACGAGAGAUCAAGACUACUAGACAUAAUACGACCGGCACGCAUCACCGCGAGGUGACAGUGACUGUAAACUCCCGGGGCGAGGAUUACGUCCUAGACCUCAGGCUGAAUGAAAACGUGGUCGCUGGCGAUCACGUGAUCAGCUACCAGAAGGAUGGGAAGACGGUACUUCACAGACCAACGAUAGAGGAGCUGGAUAUAUGCCAGUAUCACGGGACGGUUAGGGGCAGGUCAGGGAGUUGGGUAGCCGUAUCGACUUGCCACGGACUCAAAGGGAUCGUGUUCGACGGCAAGAAGAUGUUCUACUUGGAGCCAGCUGAAGAUAACACACUCGAUUCCCAUCACUACUUUUACGACCAUUCGGAUUUGAAGACUAACUUUAGCUGUGGCUACAUGGGUGGCGUAACUGGGAACAAAACUUACGACCCGCCCUUAUUGGAGAGGUACAAUAGCGAGAAGAAUAUACAACAGAGCAGAGUUUCUCGGUACAAACGUGAGGCCUUCGACGAUACACAAGUUCGUGGCCCCUUCAACGUGAAUAAACUGUCCCGAUACGUGGAACUGGUAUUGGUGGCUGAUAACAAGGAGUAUUUGGCAAACGGCGAAAGCAUAGAACUUAUACACCAUCGUUUUAAGGAUGUUGCUAAUAUUAUUAACUCGGUAUAUGCUCCAUUAAACAUCUUCAUAGCACUAGUCGGUAUAGUAGUUUGGACAGAACGGGAUGAAAUAACGCUAGAAGAGGACGGAGAUAAGACGCUAACAUCGUUCCUACAUUACCGGCGCGACAGAUUGCUUAGAGAAAUACCUAACGACAACGCGCAUCUAUUGACCCGUCAAAAAUUCAAAGAUGGUGUCGUAGGCAAAGCCCUCAAAGGUCCUAUCUGUACCUAUAACUUCUCGGGCGGGGUGGCCACUAACCAUUCUGACGUCAUCGGUCUAGUAGCAACCACGAUCGCCCAUGAGAUGGGCCACAACUUUGGUAUGGAACACGAUACAGAGGCGGAUUGCGAAUGUCCAGAUGACAAGUGUAUAAUGAGUCCAUCUAGUACCUCUGUAACUCCGACACAUUGGUCAUCGUGUAGUCUUCGGUCACUGGCUUUGUCCUUUGAAAGGGGAAUGGAUUAUUGCUUACGCAAUAAGCCCAAGCAACUCUUCGACUCGCCGACGUGUGGCAAUGGUUUCGUCGAAGCAGGUGAGCAGUGUGAUUGCGGUUUAAAUCCUGCGGCCGCGUGUAGGUCUUGCUGCGAUCACAAGACUUGUACGUUACGGGCGAACGCUACUUGUGCUGUUGGCGAAUGUUGUGAUACGCAGACGUGUAGACCGAAAUCAGCCGGUACAAUAUGUCGAAGUGCAGACAAAGAGUGUGAUCUUCCCGAAUUUUGCACCGGCUACUCAGAAUUUUGUCCCAAGGACGUGUUCAAGAUGGAUGCCACGCCAUGUUCUAACGAUCGGGCGUACUGCGUGCGUGGCUCGUGUCGCACCCACACAGACCAAUGCAAGUUACUGUGGGGAUCCACAGGCGAAAGUUCAGACCAGCGCUGCUAUUUCGCUAUGAAUGUCAAAGGAGACAAAAACGGCAACUGCGGGUAUGAGCGAGAAAAUUCAUCUUCAUUCUUCAAAUGUCGGCCACAGAAUGCGCUAUGCGGCCUACUUCAGUGUCGACAUCUCAAUGAGCGACUGGAAUUCGGAAUGGAGUCUGUGUCGUUGCUAUCUGCGACGUUUAUUAACAAUAAUGGUUCAAUAAUCCCGUGCCGGACAGCCAUGAUUGAUCUGGGAUUGAGCGAUGUGGACCCCGGCAUGGUGCCAGAUGGUGCCAAAUGUGGGGACAACAGAAUGUGCCUUAGCAGCAAGUGCGUGUCAGUAGAGGAUGUUAUAGCCGAAGUCUCGCGAAAGGAAACAUCCGACUGUCCGUCCAAUUGUUCAGGGCAUGGCGUCUGUAAUUCCGAAGGUCACUGUCACUGCGAGCCAGGCUUCGCCCCGCCUUUGUGUGCGUUACCGGGUCCAGGAGGGUCAUACGAUUCAGGACCAGCCACAGAUUCUAGCAUUCAAAGAAACUUCAUGGUGGCCAUGUACGUCAUAUUCCUCGGGAUCCUGCCAUCGAUACUGCUCGUCCUAUUCCUCAUGUACUACACGCGCCACAACGUGCUGCUCUGGUGGAAGAAACCGCGGAAAACAAUUCCAUCUCCAAAGAAGUCAAGUUUGCAACGACGUCUAUCCCGAAGUGCCAGUAAGUUUGCUUCGAACUUCCAAAACAACGCGCCGAAUAACACUCAGGCUGUGAGCGUUCAUACACUUUCCAACCCAGAUGACAUGAGUUCCAGUCUCUUACGAAGCGACUCGGAACACAGCCCCGCGGGGAACAUUAACCCGUCAGUCACAUUCUUUGGUAAUUUCAAAGGCUUCUCUCUUACACCCAUCGAAAAGAACAACGCACAGACCGAAGGCUCCAAAGCUGUUGCAAUAAAGAGCGAUGCACCGAAAAGUGCGAAAAUUACCCCAGUCCACAGAAGCGGUAGUAACAGCCAAAAUAUAGGACAGUUGAAACCGGUUUUACGAUCCGCUCCGCCCUUACCGAUCGUACCGAAUGCGGCUAGAACUAGCCCAAAAACGAGCCCGUCCAUAAAGAGAACGAAUAGUUCAGUACAGAACCGAAUCAAAGCUCUUAUGAGCUCUGAAAAAACGGAUGAAGUUGUAAUACCGAUCCCCGCCCCAAGACCGGUUAUCUCUAGCCCUAUUUUAGAGGCAUCCACGUGCACUGCCAAAGAACUUAUAUCUCCUCUCCAGGGAUCGAAAACAUUAGGUCCAAUACGCGCGGCGCCCACUAUUCCGACUAUCACGCCAGAUUUACCAAAGCGACCGCUAAGCAUGUAUUCAGCUAGUAACGCCCCGCAAAAACCGUUGCCUGAAGAACCCAAGAAGGUUAAAGAAGGUAUUUCCCUAAAUAGAAUAGCUUCAUUUCUCAAACACGACAAACCGAAAGAGAAAGAACGAAAUCCAGUCGAGAGAAGCCACUCUUUACCCAAAAAUCCGAAUCAUCAAAUAAAGGUUCCCAAAACGGUAGACAAAGUUGCGUUACGUAAUAUGCAAAUAUCGAACCCGAUACUUCAGAAAGGUAUAGAAUUGCCAAUAGGUACUGUGCCAGUUGUGUCUGAUUCUGAAGACGGUGAUGAUUCUAAAGCUUUCGUAAAUAGAGCACAGAGUAUGCGCGCACCGGCUUCGCAGAAACCGGCUCUGCAAUCAUUUGCCUCCAUGAGACAAGCGCCUGGUGUGCCCAGACCUUUAUCUGGCAUCGGACGCCCUACAGCUCCGCCUCCUCCAUUACCGAACCCAGACAAAGAAACAUCUAUAUAUCAAAGCCCAAAACAAAUUGACAUAAAAUCAACGGACUAUGUUGACUGUAUAGAGGAAAAGCCAGCGCCAUUGGCACAUAUCGAUGAAGAAUCUAGCGAUAACAUAUAUGCUAUCAUCGAAGAAAGUCCAGAAAAGCACGCGAAAGUAUUCCCCGGGGCAACGCUUCCAAUAAAAACGGUCGCGCAAGCACCCCCGGAAGUCUAUAAUACUCCGAAACCCAUCACUUCCAAUUCAGGAAGUACAGAAAGUAUGGGACUUCUCGGAGAAAUUGUGAACGAAAUACAAAAUCGCAACUUUGAUUCUAUCUACUCGACAUCGACGCUAGCAAGAAAGAAAGAGAGAGAGAAGAAGAACGCAGAGAAUAGAGAGAGCACUUACAUGAAUGCAGAUUACAAAACGCCUGAGAGCGUUUACAGUAAUUCUGGCGCGAAAUCUACAACCAGCAGUGGCUAUCUGCACCCAUCGGCUGUCAAUAUACCAACGAGGAUGCAGGAAGACCCUAUAGAAAAACCACCGUCUCCAUCUUUGAAAGCUAAUUCGAAAAUACCCACUUUUUCAAGACAAGUGACCCCCCCUGGUCUAAGGACAAGCACAUUUAAAAACGUACCUCCAUCGCCAAAAGCGGUUACGAAAAACAUUAACACAAAAAUAACGAACAGCCCUGACAUCGUAUCCAGUUGUGUGGAUGCGAAAAAUCUUAAAGCACCCGAUGUAAUUAACAAUAACAAGGUCGAACCUCCUAAGGUAGCAAAUAAGCCUAAUAUAACGAAAAGUGACAACCGACCGCCUGUAAAACCGACACCUGUUGAUAAAAAAACGACAAAUAAACCGGUCUUGAAACCGGUAAACUCUUCUAGUAAUUUGAAAGUGACAGAUAAACCGAACAAUCGUGUGACUUCGAAAACGGACUCUAAUGUAAAAGCAAUAGCGGAUAAUCUUAACAAGAAUCGUCCUAAAGUAGUUCCUAAGCCGACUACGCUCGUACAACGGGUCGAUUCCAACGUUAAAACAAAUGCAACGAAACUAACCUCAAAACCGUCUAAUGUUGCCAGUUUACAGCAAAAAUUUGAAAAUAGAAAGUCGAUAGGUAAAGAAAUUACUACUGGCAAGAAAUAG